AUGGCUACGAUUUCCAGCACCUCGAUUUAUCAAACCUGGAAGGUCCACCGAAAAACGCUCAAAUCGACGUUCAACACGCGCAUUUUGGAUAGCUUCAUGCCCAUCUUCAACAGUUGUGCUGAGCGGUUGAUCGACCGACUGGGUCAGCAUGCGGAUCGACAGGAUGCAGCCAAAACCUGCAACAUCCUGGAGUACAUUUCCGAGUGCACUCUGGAGAUGAUUAGCAGGACUUCGCUAGGAGGGAAGGCGUUGGAGCGCGAGGGGAAGCAGGAUUUCAUCGAAAACUUGGAAGUAGCUCUCACAACGCUCGGCAAGCGCAUCUUCAACAUUCUGCUCCACAACGAGCUCAUCUACCGCUUCACCGCGCUGUACCGCAACGAAAUGAAAGCCAUCGACACUUGUCACCGGUUCACCGAUAAGAUUAUCGCCGAAAAACGCCAGGAGCUGGGCUGCCACGUGCAGCAGCCGCUGGAGACCGACGAAAACGGCAACCCCAAAGAAUCCACGCUGGAGACCGUCAUUUGCGAGGACGAACACUACAAGCGACCGCAGAUCUUUAUCGACCAGCUGAUGAAGGUGCCCCUGGUGAACGGCGGGGGUGGGCACAACUUUACCGAUCAGGAAAUCUCCGACCACAUCUACACCAUGAUUGUGGCGGGAAAUGAAACGUCCGCGACUCAACUGUCCCACACAUGUCUUCUGCUGGCGAUGCAUCCGGAAGUUCAAGCCAAAGCGUACCACGAGGUUCAGGAGGUCCUAACCUCAAAACCAGACCAGACUCCAAUCGACCUGCACGAUCUGAAGCAGCUCGUCUACGUGGAGGCAGUCCUGAAGGAGACCAUGCGACUGAUGCCGGUGGCUCCGAUCAUCGCACGGGAAAACCUGCAGGACAUCCAGCUGGACGGCCACACCAUACCCAAGGGAACUCCACUGCUGAUGAACUUUUACACACUCCAUCGCCGCGAGGACAUCUGGGGAGCGCACUCGGACCGCUUCAACCCGGAACACUUUCUCCAAGAAGACGCCAAAUCCAGACAUCCGUACGCUCAUCUUCCCUUCAGCGGUGGACCCCGUGGCUGCAUCGGAUAUCGGUACGCGAUGAUGAGUCUGAAGAUGCUGCUGGCGAUGAUUUUGAAGCACUUUGAACUCGCCACCGACAUCGGGUGCGAGGACAUCAAGUAUCACUACCAAAUCUCGCUGAACCUUGCCUUUCCGCACGCGAUUCGACUGAAAAGGCGAACUUAGUCCCAAGAAAGCACUUAAAUUUAAAUACCAAAUAAAAAAACGCCCAGUAUUGCAAUGUCCUCUCCAUUUAUUCGAUUACUUAUCGCUACUAAUUCUCUAAGUACACUUCAUUCGAGAGCAAGGAUAAGA